AUUCUCUGAACAAAACAUUUGUUAGCAAUUAGCCACCGUGAAGCGGCUGGUAUUCUGCUGCUGCGCGUACGUUCAUGUUUAUCCUAGCUAGAAGUGGAUUGUCUCCAAAAAAGACUUUUUUUUUCUUUCUUUGCUUUUUCUUUUCUCUUGAAGCGCGAAUUGGUCUGGUCUGAUCGGCACUGUAAAACAGACUUGUUACUUGUAGCCCAGUUCAGUCCUUCUGUGAGUUUUUAAAGAGGAAGUUUACAUAGGCUACAGAUCAAGCUGAGUUAGUGGCAAAACUGACUUUAAACUCUGGUGUGGAUGUCUUUGCUGCUUUGACUGGGAAGGAGACAGAUGUGCUGUACCAAGACAAGCUCUGCCUGGUUUGCCUUUUAAAUAAAAAUCUUCAAGAAAUUCUUCAAAUCAAAGCAAAGCUUUGAAGUGUACACUUCACAGAUCACACCAGUGGGAGCCGGAAGCCUAAUUGUUGCUGGUGCGCCUCCCCCUAACAGCAUUUUAUUUUUCCCCUCUGCUGUAAAACAGACUCUAAAAAAGAACCUGAGAAAGAGAGGACUGAAGCAAAAUUCAUCCCACCGUGUAGUGGAAAGGACAGCACAAUUAUGAAAGAAAGCCACCGUGGUUAUGAAAACCAGCUUUUUAAAGAAGAGGAACUGACAGGGGAAGACGAAGAAAUGCAUUCCUUUAGAUGUGAACAAACUGGGACAUCAGGAAAUGCCUGCAUUAGAUGCCAGCAAAUGCGGGCUCUUCAGAUGGCUGUAAAAGUUUUAUAUGGCUUCUUUGCUUUUCUCUUCAUAACUGUGGUGGUUCUUGCAUCGUUAGUAUUUAGGAAAGUGGAUUCUUUCUCAGAUGAUCUUGUCAAAUCAGAAUCAUUUUAUGAGAAAAAAAUCAUCACAGUGCAGGAGACGAUCCAGGGACUUGAUGGCAAAUCUUCGAAUAACUGUACAGACUGCCAUGGCACAGUAUUAGAGAUCAACAAGUUACAAGAGGAGUUUGAAGAUAUUCAGAAAUUGAUUCUUGUCCAGGAACAGACAUUGGACCAAGCAGCAAAAACACAACAGACUUUAUUUUAUUCAAACAACAGAUUAUUACGUGAUUUUCAAAAUUACUCAUUUUCUUUGAGGCUAAUAAAUCAGUCUUUAGAAAGAUAUUUGGAGUUGGUAAAUGGCUGGCAGAUUGUAAUCAGUGAAGUUGACUCAUCCUUUAAAUCCCUUGUUCAAGAUCAGUUUGAUUUGAAGGCCACAGUUCACCAAAUCAAUUCUACAGUGGGGUUAAGUGCUUCAUGGAUAAGUGCAAUUCAGAGGAAGACGGAGGAGGAGACACUGGUUUUACAAAAAAUUGUGACAGACUGGCAGAAUUACAGCAAAGUUCUUGGAGCCAUUAGAGCUUCUUCAAGCAAGUCAAGUGAUGCUGCAAGAAGCAUUCAAAAUGGUAUCUCGACCACAUUGCAAAGAAUCAGUCUCAAUUCAGAUACCAUGCAUGACCUCGUACUUCAAGUAAUGAACCUGCAAAUGCAACUGGACAACAUAUCUGCCUUUCUGGAUGAACAUGAAGAAAAUAUGCAAGAUCUGCAUUAUCAUUCAAAAUACUAUGAGAACAGGACAAGUGAAAGAUUUGAGACUCUCGAAGGACGAAUGACAUCCCAUGAAAUGGAAAUAAGUACCAUAUUUGCUAAUAUCAAUGCUACUGAUAACCAUGUGCAUAGCAUGCUGAAGUACAUUAAUGAUGUAAGGCUGUCUUGCACUGCAGGUCUGAAUACUCACACGGAGGAACUCCAGUUUCUUAACCAAACGGUCCUUCACAUGCUCUACACCACUGAAUCACUAAGGCAACGGUUCAGCUUCUUAAAUUCAAGACUUGACUUUGACAUAAGAAACCUUUCAAUGGUUAUGGAGGAAAUGAAGCUUGUUGAUAUUAAACAUACACAGGUUAUCAAGAACUUUACCAUUUUGAAAGGUUUACCAGGGCCCCCUGGUCCAAAAGGAAGCAAAGGAGAACAAGGCCCCAAAGGACCUGUAGGGCUAACUGGAAUGAAAGGUGAUCAAGGUAAUUUAGGAAGUCGUGGAAUACAAGGUGAGAAAGGGAAUACUGGGCCUCUUGGUCCCCCAGGUGAAAACGGUCCUCAAGGAGCAAAAGGAAGUCAAGGAAUGAAGGGAAUUAAAGGAUCUUUUGGAGUAUCAGGUGGAAAUGGAGCUAAAGGAGAAAAGGGUGAUCUUGGGGCACCAGGUACGGAUGGACUUCCUGGGCCUAAAGGACCAACAGGAGUACAAGGACACCCAGGUUUGCCAGGAGUUCAUGGACUUCCAGGACCAAAAGGUGAUCAAGGCCCCAUGGGGCCACCAGGACCGCCUGGAAUUACAGGACCACCAGGUCCACCUGCCAUACAGUAAAGUCAUUGCACUUUCUAUUUGUACAGUUUUUGUAAAACGUCCAAGAAAUGAAACUAUAAUGACCUAUUUGGUUAUUAUUACAGCCUGGAAGAAAUAAGCACAAUGGUGAGUGAAUGGAAAGAAAUUUUGCAGUAUCUGUUCGGCUAUAUCAGAGGUUCUCAUCUGUUGUUAAUGAAGGAGCUGGAUUUUAAGUUCAUGCAAGUUUCUCAAACCUACACAUAUUUUUCUUUAUACUAAAAAUGUUUUAAAUGCUUUGAAAUGUCUAUGGAUGACUUCAUAUUAUAAUUGUGAAAUUAUAGCCUGACAGAACAGGCUUGCUGCAAUUCAUUCUACACUUAACUUGGUAAGAUCAACACUUGUAUUUUUCAUUUCCACUGAGGUAGAAAGUUAACCAUUUUAAAUAUAAAACAUACUCUGAACUGCCAACUUAAUAGGUACUCGUGCCUAAAAGCUAUAUGAUUUUAAUGUCUUCUCAGAAGAGGUCAGAUUAGUCAGGCAAAGAAGCCUAAAAAUAUGCAAAAAAAAAAAAAAAAAUCAGAAUAAGUAUGCUGGCCAAAGUUGACUCCAAAUAAUAGUUAAUAAAUACUAGCUGGCUUGAGGUAAAGGAUUAAACUGAGGUGUGGUGGCUAAAGAAGUCUCUGAACUAAGCUGAGCCGUUGUCAUGUUCACAAAAGCAUCUCUAGGACUUUCCAACGAUGUUGCGAUAUCCUGUCACUGUGCCUACAUGAAGGUGUGCCACAAAAACACACCACACAAAUGACUUCAUUGUCACCAGCAACUCUCGUGCUGGCACAAUUUCCAAAAACAGGAUGCAUGCUGCAAGUUACUUUCUGUCCAUAAAGCUGUGGUUUUAACAGUAAAAUAUUGUAGGGCUAUUUAUGUGAAAAACACAGAAUCAUUAUCCCAGUUGAGAAAGACCUACUGAAAUAACUUUUCACAAAAUAAUAGACUUAUAGCAUUUUACAACAGUAAUAACUGUGCCAGUUCUCAGUCUGUUUUAAGUUAUCCUUCCAUAGACGUGCAUUCUGACACAAAAAGCAGACGUUCACACAACAGGAUACUCACCACUCCAAAUGUGGUCAAAUUGUGUUCUGUAGUGUCUUAAACAUUAAAAUCUAUCGAAAACAUCUCUUUUUAUCACAAUACUUUCAAUGUACUGUAUGUACAGUAUGUAAUUCAUUUUACUUCUUUGCAAUGAAUGAAAAGUAUAUUCCAUUGGACAGAUUUAUUAAUAAAGUGUGAAAGAGAUCAAAGGCAGGAUUCUUACAGGGCCAAACUAAAGGACUGUUGUUGUCUUGAGCUAAGGUUGUUACACAAGGAUUCAUUAAAUCAUUCACCAAAAUCUGUUCAGGACAAAACCAAAAUCAUAGUAAAAACAAAAAAAUCAAAGUCAUAAUUUUUGCUUAUGUUAACAAAAAUAAAAAUAAAUCAACAAAAACAGAGUAGUGGCAUCUCGUGAGAUCUUUCCUUAAAAAGGUAAGUUGGGAAAAUGCGCUUUGACAUCCUUUAUAUUAUGGCUUCCAUAAUAUCACCAAUCACAUGAUACUAGCAGUUAUAUAGCAUCAAAGUAACUAGCAAUGAGACAAAUUUAAUUCACAGAAAAGCUUAAUAGUCUUGUAUAGUCAGUGUGCCUAACACGCAAAAAACCUAAAAAUGUACCUAAUGAGCAUAACCCACAGAAGAAACAUACAAACAGA